AUGGAGUAUGCAGAUCAAAAGAGAGACUUUGACGAAGAGCUUCCUGAGCGGUUUGACCUAGAUUUGGAGGUGUUGGAGCAAAACUAUCUAGAACGUAUUCGUUCUGCUCAUCCAGAUCAACAGCAAGGAGAUUUCCAAAUCUCUUCGGAUUUAAAUCGAGCCUAUCAAACUCUUCUAGAUCCACUUUUACGAGCCCAACAUUUGCUUGUGUUGCGGGGGGGGGAGGCGACUGAAACAAUUCAAGAUAUGGCUGUUCUUCAGCGGUCCCUUGAAGAUCGAGAGAAAUUAGCAUCAGCAGAGACCUUGGAAGCUCUGGAAUCCCUUGUGCAAGAAGCUAAAAGAAGGGUGCAAGAGACAGAAGGGAUUUUGGCAGCCAUAUUCGGAAAAAAACAGAAGGAUUUGAUAGAACUUGCACAGCAGAAGACAAAAGCAUCUGAUAAUGAAGAUACUUUUGCGGUUGGAAUUGAUUUAGGAACCACCAAUUCUUUGGUAGCAUUUUGUCAGGAUUCUGAUCCAAAAAUUUUGUUGGAUCAUGAAGGGCGAUCCUUUGAACCUUCUGUUGUGUCCUAUUCUUCUGAGACGGGGUCUCGUGUAGGUCACGAAGCAGAUCAGGAUCCAAAGGCGCUUCAUUCAAUUAAGCGUUUGAUGGGGAUGAACUUUGCUUCACUCCCUCGAAAUUAUGGUUUUGAAUCUCAUAUCGCCACCCCCCUUGAUGAGAAUGAUCACUCUGUGCGCUUAAAUGUAGGGGUAGAGCGAACAGUGACACCUGCAGAAGUAUCUUCGGAAAUUCUGAAAUCCUUAAAGAAACGUGCGGAAGAAGAUUUAGGAUGCCCUGUAAAAAGGGCGGUGAUUACAGUUCCUGCAUAUUUUGACGAAGCAGCGCGUGUGGCAACGCGUGAAGCAGCAACUUUAGCGGGGCUUGACGUAUUGCGCUUGAUUAAUGAGCCCACUGCAGCUGCCUAUGCUUAUGGUCUGAAUACGGGUGCAGAAGGUGUUUACGCAUUUUAUGAUCUUGGAGGCGGAACCUUUGAUUUUACUCUUUUGCGAUUGCAUCAAGGGAUUUUUCAGGUGCUCGCAACAGGGGGAGAUACAGCCCUAGGAGGAGACGAUAUUGAUAAAGCGUUCUUGAAAGAAGUUAUGGAAAAGCAGAAGUUAGGGGCGACCUCUAUAAGAGAAAUCCGUGCUUUGAAAGAAGAUCUUUCCCAAGCAGAGCGUGUGAUUUUUAAAGAUGGUUUUUUGAAUCGUCAUCAAUUGGAAGUGUGUGCACGUCCUUUUGUGGAAAAAACUUUAGAGGUCUGUCGGCGAGUUUUUCGGGAUGCUAAAGUCUCUCCGAAAGAUAUAAAAGGUGUUGUCCUUGUGGGGGGCGCAACGCGUAUGCCUUUAAUUCGUCGAGCGGUUACAGCCUUUUUUGGAAAGUCUCCUCUUGUUGAUUGUGAUCCUGAUCAAAUUGUUGCUUUAGGAGCCGCUUUACAAGCGAAAGCACUGACACAAGGAAAAG